UUUUAUAUAAAGACGUGGAGACGUUUACCGUAAUUGGUGCACGAGUCUGACUUGUAGUUUUAGUUAUCUUUUUGGACCACUAGCUUAGAUAUUUUAAUUUAGCCGCCACUACACACUUAUCUGAUCCAUAUUCAUUAUAAACAGAUCAAAUCUGUGGCAUGGUCGCUUCAAUUCAAGUAAGAUACAAGAAAGAUGGAUAAAAGAUGGAGUCUUCAAAGUAUGACUGCUCUUGUCACCGGUGGAGCCAGCGGAAUUGGGUAUGCCAUAGUGGAUGAGUUAGCUAGUUUUGGAGCUAGAAUCCAUGUAUGUGACAUAUCUGAAACUCUGCUUACUCAAAGUUUAAGCGAAUGGGAAAAGAAAGGGUUUCAAGUGAGUGGAUCAGUUUGUGAUGUAAGCUCUCGUCCCGAGAGAGAAAAGCUGAUGCAAACCAUCUCCUCGCUGUUCCACGGCAAACUCAACAUUUUAGUUAAUAAUGUUGGUGUACUUCGUGGGAAGCUAACAACAGAAUAUGUUGAAGAAGAUUUCUCUUUCCACAUGUCAAUAAAUUUGGAAGCUGCUUUCCAUUUUAGUCAGCUUUCACAUCCUCUCUUAAAGGCUUCAGGCAAUGGAAGCAUCGUCUUUGUUUCAUCUGUUGCAGGGAUUGUAUCACUUGAUGGUGCAUCCAUUUAUAGUCUAACUAAAGGAGCUUUGAAUCAGCUAGCUAAAAAUUUGGCAUGUGAAUGGGCAAAAGACGGCAUAAGAGCCAAUGCUGUUGCGCCAAAUGCUAUCACAACUCCUAUGUGUCAAUCUUAUCUUGAGGACGUCAGUGUCAAGGAUGCAUUGUUGAGUAGAAUUCCACUUGGUCGCUAAGGAGAGCCGAAUGAAGUUGCAUCACUAGUGGUGUUCUUGUGUCUUCCUGCAGCUUCUUAUAUAACUGGCCAAACCAUUUGUGCUGAUGGAGGUUUCACUGUUAAUGGCUUCUCUUAUCAGCAGCAGGCUUGAGAAUGGUCAUGUUAUGUUCUUGUCUUAAUAUCCUAAACUCCCUAUUGGCCUUGUAACCUGUCAAAAACUCUGCUCAAUAAAAUUCUAUGUGGAUUCUUUCCACAAGAGAGAAACACUUAUGCAAAUCGCAGAAGGUCGACAUUCUCUCUUAUACCCUUUCCUAA